UUCGUAGAAAUAAAAUAUCGUGUCUGAUUUGUUCAAAGAAAAUCGUUUUGAAAGGCAAAAUUACGGGUGUAUUUUAUAGGUUGUAGUCGCCGGAAUCGAUUUCGGUUUAACAAGGGAAGAAAUACGUUCCGUAUUUUGUGAAUUUGGAUGAUUAAAGUUACUCGUACCAGGCGAAAAGUUUUCACUGUUGCAGUACUCUGCAUUAUUACAAGUAGCGCUAGGUAAAGGCCCCUUCGAAGAAGUAAAGGCAACCCAGAAAAUGAUAUAAAAAUUUCUCAUAAAUCUGACUGCCGUGUGUCGAACAAUUUAUGCUGUUUCUGCUAUUUAGUGAAAUUUUUACGCGACAACCGAAGCAUUUAUGGGCAUUCCGAGAAACGAUCUUUGGGUGGUGAAAGGUCGCCUUCUGUGCACUGGUGACUGAAGGCCAGUGUUUUGAGAAAAUUGCAUUGCGUCGGCAGCAAGAGGUGACUAGCGUAGAAAGCAGCGUGAGAGUAAAUUAUGAAAUGAGCCUUCGGCAAUGGGAUCGCAAACCUUGGAAAUACUACGACAAGGAGUGCUGGCCAGCUUGACCGGUGGUUGGUUCUACGACGUCCAUCAGAAUGUAUUCUGCAACGCGGUCCACUUGUACAUCUGGCUGUUUUUGCUGUUCCUGCCAUUCAUCAUUUACAUGUAUUUUCCCACCGCUGCAAUAGUAUGGAGUCUGUACUGCGUACUAAUCGCAAUCAUCAUCGGCUUCUUCAAGUUUCUCAACAUGGCCCUCCACCGAAUGUACGAUAAGGCGAGGACCAUGUCCGAAACGGAUUUGAAGAAGCCUGUAAAAACUACACGUGAAACGUCCGGUGAAAAUGAUACCGGCAUUGAGAUGCAGAUCCUUCGUACUACCGAGGUGGUGGAAACUCCUCCGGUUGAUAUGUCGUCUCGUACCUCGGUUGAGCGUCAUAGCGAUGAAAUAAGCUGUGCCAACAGUGCUAUGUCGAUUGACUAUCAGGAGCAAGUCGCCAGUACCAUUGAUCUAAAAGUGGACGUGCAUAGGAAAAAUAGUUCCGAAUCCAGUGAUAGCAAUGGUACUGAAAUGGCAACCGGGGGUAACCGGACGGCGGGCGGUGCCAUGUUUUCCAAAUCAAAUGCACACAGUUCUUCAGUUCAAACACAGUCUGCCGAUAUUUGCAGCACGGCAACGCACAAACGAUCCCUCAGUACGCCAAAUGAAACGAAAUCAAGCGAGAUGGAAGUGGAAACCCGAACUGAUUCGGUCCGACAAAAGGACUUGGUGGAUGGUGACGAGGGCGCUGUAGGAGGCGAGACGACGAAAGACGGUGGUAAAAAGAGUGCCACCUUACGUAGGCAUCAAUACAAAUCCAAACGAAAACAGCGUUUUAUGAACAGUCAGCUACAGCGACAGAUUUCUCUGGAUUCGGAAAAAAUUGGCAUGGGUAUUGAUGCUGACGAGGAAGCACCCGGAGGAACGCAGCUUCAGAGGCACUUAAGCUCGGAAGAUCAAAAUAAUAAAUCAAACACGUCACUGUUCCAUCAUCACCAUCAUCAUCAUCAUCUGUUAGCAUUGCAGAAUCUUGAUCCCGAUCUGUACAUGGAUCAUAAUUAUACAAAAUCUGCAGUCCAACUGGCGGUGGAGAAUAUUCCUGGAGAAACAACGAGUAAGAUCUACCUGCUGCAACAGUCGACCCCCAUACGCCGUGAUUCGAAUAGCACAAUGUCUGCCCUACAGCUGCCAACUGUGGUAGGAAACUCGUACGGAGCGACCACCAGCAAAAAUCGACGCCAUUCCAACGUCAAUGCAGGCGCUGCGGCCGGUGUCCGUCCUUUACCAAGAUCAUUAACCUCAGUGCGGCGAAUUAAAAGUGCUGCACUGGAAACAUGUAGCCCAUCUUCGAUCUCGAAUUUAGCCCCCACCCAUCCGAAUAGCGUCGAAGUGAUAGGAGGACAGACGCUAAGGAACCCCCAGCAUACGGUUAUUCCACCACCAAGUAAAUGUCUCUCUCGAAACCCUCAUCUCAAUUUGUUCCCGAAAGCUAACGGAGAGACAUCUAUUGGCCUUAUGGUGCUUUCCGCGGCGAACGCUAAUGCGUCUAAUGUGGAACCCGUUUAUCCUAUAGCCGAGCAAGCCGACGAAAGCACUCCGGUUAAAAAUCAAACAGACAAAGUGGAAACAUUUCAGCUGAAUUCCGAUUCAGAUAAUGGAUGUGAAGAUGACGACGAUGACAACGAAGAGGAUGAUGAUGAUGAAGACGAUGACGAUGACGACGAGGAAGAAGACGAUGAUGAGGAAACAAUCGAUCGGCUUCAAGGAGUUGGUAGCGAAGAUGAAAGUGUUCACACCAUUCAUACUCAUAUCCAUCGACAUCACCAUCACCAUCAUCAGUAUCCUGGUUCUCGGUCCGGUGCCAUUAGCCGACAGGCCUCGUUGCAACACUCUCAGCAAUCGAAUCCUCCAUCUCAGCAAAUAUCGCAAACAUCACAGCUUGGCACAGAAACGGAACAAGGCGACGAACAGGAUACCGAGUCCGAUCUCGAUCAACCAGCCCUUCAAUCGACGGACUCCGAUACCGAGAACAAUGCAGGAUCCAGAUCUCCGCUGUUAGAACCACGCAGUAGACCUCCCUUAGUUAUUGUUGAGGCGAAAAAUCCAGCUUGCAUUGCAUCCAGCACAGUAGAAGCCGGUAUUGCUGCACUCAAAUAUUCAAAAUCAAGUGACAAAAUGAAAAAAUCUGUUGGGCCUACCAUUGAAGACUCGCCCAUCAAGCAGCAGGGUUUUGAAGAAAAUGGUGGCCCUUCUUCGAGCGACUGGGAGCAGGCCAGUGCCAGUUCGAAAGAUUUACUCAUUACAAAAGAACGCUCCGGACAGCUGGGUAUGAGCGAAGGAGUUAUGACAAAAUCCAUCUCCGGCGUUGUUGAUGAUGCUACCAGUGGGAAUAUAGCUAACGGACAAAGUAAACAGUCGCCAGAGAAAUGGUUGGAGUAUAGCAGCUUCGAAGCUGUUCUGAACGAUGACCGAUCGAACGAGACCGAUUUGCAGUCGAAGAAGGAUAGCAGCAGAAAGGAGUUUGAUAGGGAGAAAACGGGCGCUGUUACUUCCGAGGCAGCUGUCACUAUUACCCGCAACCUGGGAGCGAUUCCUAAGACGACAAACUCCAGUCGGUUCACCAAUCGAAGACUGAGCGCUGAAGAAAACUACCCGAGCACCAGCAACAAGAUCUACAACCGGACGCUUUCGCAGCGGCUGUCGGCGGAACGUAUUCCGGAGAACGCAACCGCUGCUCCGUUGAUUACGUUCCUGAACUACCAUCCGGAAGUGCCGAUACCCUCGAUUUAUCUGCCGGGAAAUAGUUCUCUUUCCGAGCAGCAUACGUCCAGUUUUACCUCUUUUAGAAGGCCUAACGCGUAUGGUUCCGACCGAAACUAUCGACAAAUUCAGUGCCGAUUGCGGAUGUCUCGAAGUAAACAUCCGGUGGUUUCCAUGGAGCCGAACAGCAUUGGAUCUGGUGGCCAGAAUGGACCAAAUGGCGGUUUAUUUCGAGAUGACGAUAAUAACAAUUAUAGCUACUGUCUAGAUUCGAUGGACAAUCCAACGACGUCUAGCAGUCGAAGCGUGGGCGGAUCCAGUUCUACGUUCCAUGAUCAAACAGAGGUGCCUUUGAAUUUAUUUGUAGACGAACCCGAGCGAUGGGUACAUUUGAUUGAGCGGUCAACUAUUGAGGAUGUCAUCAAGGAGCGUAUAGCAAUGAGUCACCGCGUGGGCGCAAUAGGAAGUGGUUUGGCUCAUGCGUCCGGUGACAAUAACUGUACCUCGAUUAAUUCGUCUGGGAUCGAUAAAGCGAUGGCACCGACCGAGUAUAGCUUGUCCAGUGCACAAAGUGCGAUUGAUGUCGUACCACGUUCGAUGUUUGGUGAACCACAAAUACGGCCAAAGCGCUACUAUAAGCUAACGAUUAACCUACUGUGCCUGAAGGAAGUCAGUAUUUCCAUGAACCGUCUGCAGUUGCUGGCACUAUUCGACCGGGAUACGAACUAUCUCCAAGUGUGUCUUGCGGUCGUGCUUUGUAUGUUAGUUUCCCUGCUGGGUGCAAUGGUGCUUUAUUUGAAGUUCUACGAAGAUUUGUAUGCAUUUAUUUUUUGUUUUGUUAUUGCCGGAAGCCAGUACUCACUGCUAAAAAGCGUUCAACCGGAUGCUGCCUCGCCGAUCCACGGCUUCAACAAGACUGUCACGUAUUCAAGACCGAUUUAUUUUUGCCUUUGCUCCUCUCUGCUGCUGACUGCACACCACAUACUGAGGGAUUAUCAAACUGGAACGGAUACCGUGGGUCCCAAAGCAGCGUUCUUCGGUUUUCAGAUAUCGAUAAUCGAUUUUCUCCAGUACAUUCAAAGUAUCUUGUCGGUAGUGAUACUUUUGUUUCCGUUUCUGUUUAGCUUGGGAUUGUUUCCACAAAUCAAUACAUUCGCGAUGUAUUUCUUGGAGCAGAUUGAUAUGCACAUUUUUGGGAGCAAUGCGUCCUGCAGCUUACUGUCAUCAUUUCUGUCAGUCAUGCGAUCUAUUCUGGCGUGCACUUUACUGUUUGGUCCAGCCUACGGUGGUCUGUCCGAAACCGGGACGCAACACGUCCUGUUUUCCAUGUUUUGUGCGUUUCUUAUCACCGUUUCCUAUCAUCUAUCGCGGUGCACCAGCGAUUUUACCUACAUCUGGGCUGUUAUAAAAUCGAGCCUUAUUGUUCAUCCAGAUUAUGACGACAGCAGCAAAGAGGAUUCCAAAAUGUCGACCGAUUCCGAUGAAAACAAGAUGUCUGCUGAUAGUGGAGAACAUCAACGAUCGAGUGACGAAAUGCAUCCCAAAGAUGUAGACGAGGAGGCUAAUCGGGAUUCUGUAAAGGAACUUGACGAUCCUCUGCCAAAGAAGCUACAAUCCACGGUCACUGUCCGACUUAAAAACGAUGCAGUCGUUUGUGUCGUGUUAUCGAUUGUCAUUUUCAGUUUGCACUGCAGCACGGUUUUUACUGUUUUACAGCCGGACAUAAAUUAUGUGCUACACACCGGAGCGUGCAUUCUUGGCUUUCUGAUUCACUACAUUAUACCGCAGCUAAGAAAACAUCUGCCGUGGUUGUGCAUUGCAAAGCCAAUACUGAAACCGAAGGAGUUUGGUCAGUUCGAAGUGCAAAAUCUUUCGAAGAUCAUGUGGUUUGAAACUAUGUACGUGGGAUUGUGCUUCUUCGAGCGCAACAUACUCUAUCCGUUGAUCUUCCUGAGUGCACUAACGGCGGACUCGGGUGCAAUCGCUCAAAAGUUUGGUCUUACGCUAGGGACGACGUUCGUCGUUGUUAGUGGCUUGAAGUGUGUUCGCAAUGCGUACUCGGACGUGGGCAGCCAAUACAUCAUACUGAUCUUUACCGUACUGUUCUUCCGGAUCGAUUACAAACUCUCUAGUGAAACGUUUCUGAUCGAUUACUUUUUUGUGUCGAUUCUGUACCGAAAAAUUAGCGAAUUUUUGUUAAAGCUGCAAUUUGUAGUCACCUACAUAGCGCCGUGGCAGAUAACCUGGGGCUCUGCAUUCCAUGCUUUUGCACAACCGUUCAGCGUGCCACACUCUGCAAUGCUUUUCCUGCAAACUGCCAUCAGUGCGCUCCUUUCAACUCCUUUGAAUCCGUUUUUGGGAAGUGCCAUAUUCCUCACCUCGUACGUUCGGCCAAUCAAAUUCUGGGAGCGCGACUACAACACCCGCCGCAUAGAUCACUCCAACACCCGACUGAGCUCACAGUUGGAGCGUGACCUGGGAGCCGACGAUAAUAAUCUGAAUAGUAUCUUCUACGAACAUCUGACCCGAUCGCUGCAGCAUUCGCUGUGCGGUGAUCUGCUGAUGGGACGCUGGGGAAAUGUCAGCCAAGGGGAUUGCUUUGUCCUAGCUUCGGAUUAUCUUAAUUGUUUAGUUCACAUAAUUGAACUCGGCAAUGGACUUUGUACGUUUCAAAUGCGAGGCUUAGAGUUCAGAGGAACUUACUGUCAGCAGCGUGAAGUAGAGGCUAUAUCGGAGGAAGUUGAGGAAAAUAUCGGUUGCUGCUGCUGUACUGUAGGGCAUUUGCCGAGAAUGUUGAGUGCAAAUGCCAUGUUCACUACCCGAUGGCUUGCGUGGCAGGUGAUGGCCUCUAAAUACGUCCUAGAGGGAUACUCAAUAUCGGACAAUUCGGCAACGGCUACGUUGCAGGUUUUCGAAUUCAGAAAGGUGCUGAUAUCGUACUAUGUGAAGAGUAUAAUCUAUUACGCAAUCCGUUCACCGAAACUCGUCAACUGGCUGCAGUCGCAAGCGAUUGAGGAAGCACUGGAACAUACCCUAGAUCGGCAGUUUGUCGACUUGGAUCCGGUGUUCAAUCACAAUCUGGAUGAUGAUUACGAUUUCCGGUCAGCCGGAAUAACGCGAGCAAGUUUCUGGAACGUGUAUGGCGAAUGGAUACAGUUUUGCUGUGAAAAGAAACGUCAACAAAUGCAGGCUGCAUUGAAUGAAAAAAAUACUCCGAAAAAGACAGCAGCUUCGACUUCGACUGCGGUGGGUGCUGCUACCGGAAACACCAGCAGUGCCAGUGGACCUCCUCUAGCAGCUACGUCGAAUUCCAUGCUAAACAAUAGUACAACGAAAGCGAACGAUGUUGUGGCUACCCCAACAGUAGCGAUGAAAGAGCCGGAAGCAGAACAGAGUUCAAGCAGCGGAAACAAGCAACCUAUGGAGCCAGAAUCCAGUGCUUCGAAUGGCGCUGCCAUGUCAAGUUCGGUUAACAAUUGUAACGUCACUCCCGGUACUUCUAGCCAGCCGUUCUUUAACUCGGGUCGAGAGUCUCUUGUUACUUCACUGUGCAUGGCAUUGGCCUUACUUGCGCGUAGAACAUUGGCUACCGCCAGCCACAGUUCAUCGAGUGGGGUUGAGUUUUUUCUCCAUGGAUUGCAUGCACUUUUCAAAGGUGAUUUCCGUAUAACUUCAACCCGAGACGAGUGGGUGUUUGCCGAUAUGGAAUUGCUGCAUGGAGUGGUUGCGCCGGCGGUACGGAUGUCACUCAAACUGCACCAGGAUCACUUUCUCUGCCCGGACGAAUACGAUGACUACGGAGCGCUGUUUAAUGCGAUCGACUACCACACCAAAGAGCUGGUCAUUUCACAUGAGGCAGAUCCAUUGUGGCGAAAUGCAGUACUGAGGGGGACGCCCAAUCUGCUUGCCUUGCGCCACGUAAUGGACGACGGAUCGGAUGAGUAUCGAGUUAUAAGACUGAGUAAGCGAUUCCUAAGCUUUCGCGUGAUUAAGCUGAAUCGCGAGUGUGUUCGAGGCCUAUGGGCCGGGCAGCAGCAGGAACUGAUUUAUCUCCGCAAUCGGAAUCCCGAACGAGGUAGCAUACAGAAUGCAAAACAAGCGCUACGGAAUAUUAUCAAUUCGUCCUGCGAUCAACCGAUCGGUUAUCCGAUCUAUGUGUCACCGCUGACAACGUCCUAUGCGGAAACGAAUCCGCAGCUUUGUAAAAUUAUCGGGGGUGAGAUAACAUUAGAAAAGUUGCAGCAUUUGAUAAUAAACUGUUGGAACCGUGUAAGGCAGCGGUGUCGCGAGGGUUGCAGCAGUGGAAGUGCAAUAAUAGACAACGAAAUGGGUGAACUUCAGGGAGUUUAUCCUACACCGAACAAUACUCUUUCAGGUACUGCUGGAACGUUAUCCUAUGGUAGUCAGAAUAUGUCCUUAUCGGGAGCAGCUAAUCGUGGAAGCCUUGCUAGCAUUAAUAAGCCCACCAGUUCCACUCUGUUGGCUGGUUUCUUAAAUCGAGAGCGAGAUUCGGAGCGAGACACGCUGCGGGAUCGAGCCGGAGUAACGAAACGAUGUAAUCUGAGUAGCAGUAGUAAAGACCGAAUUGAUCGAGCUUUAGCUGCUAGUAAACGCGAAUCCUUUAAGGAAGCACUUGCUACUGCUGGUGGCAGUGGGCUUGGUUUGGCCAGCUCCGGAGUUGUAGGCAGUACCAGUUCCGGUCUUAAACAGCAGGAGAGUGUAGAAUCAACGUCCGGAAAUGCGAGGAGCGUCAACUCGUCGUCGAUUAACUUGAACAUGCCGAACAGCGGUGCGGUUGGAAUUGCUGGCGGCAGUUCCGUAAUGUUUACGUUGUCUGCUCCCGUUGAGCAGUAUGCAAUUUUUGCGAUGGACAUGGACGCGACAGGGACGUCGAGCGAGAGGACCAGCGGCGAGCGGGGAGAUAAAAAUAAUCUAGUGAAGGAGAAAGCACGCGGGAACGAGCUGGAAGAACAGCAGGUGCCAUCACAGGCGGUCAAUGCUCCACCGACGAUUGGAUUAAAUCGAAAGGUCAUCAUCGUCGAUGCUUUGCAGAUUUACGACUGCCUUGAUUUGGGUCGCCGCAUCGAUGUCAUCUGGCCGAACGAGCAGCUGCGAGCCUGCGGUGGACGGUCAUCCUGGAAGGACUGGGUGCCGCAGGAGGGCAUGGUCGGUAACGUAGUCCAUUACUGGCAACCGAACCACCCGGAUCAUCACUUUCGUUCGAACGUGAACCGUACUAUACUGCUGGUUAAAAUCGGCGACCAUUGUGUGCCGGUGGGCGAUAAAGGUGUCAAGGAGUACAACACGGUCGGUUUGGCACCCGGUUCGGUAGCUUCAUCAUCAACAUCGGGUCUUGGUAUAAUCGGCAAGCAGACAUCGUCCGAGGCGACAACCGAUUCGGCAGGUGAGGUAUAUCUUAGCAAACCCUCUGAAUCAGAGCCAACAACGACACCGGAUGGCUUGCAGUCGUCUACACCAAAGGUAAGCUCGUGCAGUGAUGAUGGUCAUAAUGUUGAUCUGGAUCCCUCUGACCCAACAGUAGUUUAGAUGCUCGAUUUUGCCAAGGUCGAAGUCGACAGUCGUUCGUUCUACGUUUUAGCUACCGCUAUCAAGCUGUCAUUUACGACGAUUCAAUAACUGUAACCGGUAUAGUAUGAAAUUUCAAAAUAUUGACCAACUUUCUGCAAAUUUCCAAUCCUCCGUGGGACACAAAAUCAAAUACAUUUCGCUACAAUAGGUCGCCUUACGCCCCCUUUAAUAGCACUAAUCAGAUGCCGAAUUAAGUUCGAAACGGAUCAUUCUGUUAGAUAUUGUUCUGCCUUUUUUAAGUUCGACGGAACACGAAUGUUUUUAUGUGUUGUUCUUUUUUGUCUUUUACAAACUGCCUAAUAUUCGGCACUCUCUAGGGGAAUGAUCUUUAACGAAUUAAAGUCUUAUGGUAGGUAGUAAAUUUAGUGGGUCAGCAUCCAACAGCCAAUGAAAGGCAACAUUGUAUAUUCGGAAUAGCGAUGCUUAGCACAGUUCGGAUCGUUGAUAGUGAAAAUUGGGGCAAGAGUUUUAUUUUUGUAUAGCUAGUAUGUAUCAUUUUUGUAGAGUGGGGAUGGAUUUUAAAUUAAAAGUAAAAAAAAAAACAUGUAAAGUUUUAUCGCAGAAACAAGCGUGUUUCAUUACUAGACACUGUUUCCAAGAGCGAGUGGAAGAGAGUGAAAUUCGAAUGCGUGUCGAAGCUCCGGCGUGUAAUGGCAAAGCGAUAAAAUCUACUGCAAAAGAUGAAAAUGUGAUAACUAAAAGUAAGUAACUUUACCUAUUCUAGAUUUAUUAUUGAACAAAAAAAACUGAACACAACAAAAAGAGAUCGUUAAAUUAUUCACGAAAAAAUAUGUUGAAGUGAAAUGAUAACAGAAGUUUAAAGUACCACAAAUAUAUUAUUAAGACGGUUUAACGACAGAAAACAAGCUAUUACAAAUCACUCUUGUAGUUAGAUAUAUUAAUUAAUAAAAAAAACGGUUAGACAAAAGCAGUUAUUUAAAACGAAGCAAAAUAUGCUUUGAUUCUCGCUCUUAUUUAAUGGAGAACUAAUAAACUAGAACAAACAACUUUUGAAUCAGAGAAAUAGGCUCAUGUUAAGCUUUUACUUUCGAUACAAUAAAU